GAGAGAGAGAGAGACCUUGGAUCUUUGUGGGCGUAACAUGACAUCUAGAAACAGGCUCGGUGGCAUUCCCUGUUUGCGGUCAACCGCAGAAAUGAGAACAGGGCCAGCUGCGACGCCCUGACAGGUGGCCACCUUGCUGAGAGGGUGUGGGAGUGUGAUUAUGCUUGUGUUGCUGCCUGUUUGAAAGCAGCUCAGUAAUCCUGGAUCAGAGAGGACAAAGAGCCCCUGAGUGCUGGUGAUGUAAGCACUGUGUCCAGUGCUUACCCCGCUGCUCUCCCCUCUCCCACAUGCUGCCUAGUGGGGGGUGAGGUGGGACAGGGAGGAACGUCCCUGUUGUCGGGUCACCCUGAAGACUACAGACUGACACGCGAGCGGUGAUGCUGGCAGGCUAACAGCAGCCUGUCUGCUCUGUCUCAGGGGCCUGCUGCUGAUGACCCAGGACACAGUGGGAAGGAGAAAGUGUUGACCAGAUCGCUAUAGAGGAAUGUAGCUAAGCUUUGGGGAGUGGCGGAUCAGCUCAGUGUGACCAGGAGAACCGACUCGGGGACUUUUGCUGCCUUGUUGCUACUUCACCUAUUCGUGGAAGUUGCGAUAGGGUCUCCAUGGACUUGCUGCAGGACUCCAGUCACACCAUGUGGGGUCUGAAUGCCCGCUUGAAGGGCUUCCUGGAGCAGGUGAACAGGCUGCAGGAGGCCAACCAGCACCUGGAGGCUCAGAUAGCCGACUGGGGCGUCAGGAGCGCCUCACGCUCCCAGGACUGGUCCCAGCAGGAACAGACUGUCAAGGAGCUGCGUGUCCAGGUUGGUAACCUUCUGAUGGAGAAUGCCCAGCUGGCAUUACAGUCUGACAGCAUGAAAUCCAGAGCUGCUGCCGUCCAGGCCAGGUGUGAGAUGGAGGAGAGGAACACCAGGCGUCUGGAGCAACAGGUGGCUCUGCUCCGGGAGUCAAAGAGGAAUGCAGAGCAGAGCAGUGUGACGCUGCAGGCAGACCUUCGCCACUCCAUGACGGACCUGCAGUGGAUGCACCAGGAGUUUCAGGCAGCCCGGGCUUUAGAGCUGCAGCGUGCCAGCUCCUGUGAUGCUCUGUUAGCGACGGCCGCAGCAGCAGCAGCAGCAGGAGGGGAGGAGGAGGAGGAUGGCACAGGGAUGGAGCUCACCCAGCUCCUCGACCGAAUCAGAGCGCAGUGCGACCAGGGCAGACUCCCCGGCCUGGGAGAGAGAGUCCUCGGCUUGGGUGCCGUGGCACAUCCACUCCCCGGCUCGGCAGGACCGAGCUGCUCUGGAGCUGCAUCCGCAGCAUCCAGAUCACACGGAAGAGUUCUCAGUGAGGAAGAGGCAGCGUGGACGCAGGUGAGCCUGGGCGGCGCCGCCCUGAGGGAGGCUCGAGCCGAGCUGGCCGAGGCCCGGAGGCAGUGGAACUCCCUGCAGGUGGAGAUCGAGACUCUACAUGCCUUGGAGAAAGGCCUGGAGAGCUCCCUGCAGAACACCCAGCGGCUGUACUCCAGCCAGCUGCAGGACCUUUCCCAGGUGAUCGGCGGGCUGGAGGGCGAGCUGGAGCAGGUAAGGAGCGGCCUGGCAACCCAGCGCCAUCGCCACAGCCAGCUCCUCAACACCAAGAUGAGGCUGGAGCGGGAGAUCGCCACUUACCGGCGUCUGCUGGAGCGCGAGGAGGGCAGGUGCAUGGGCCGUACUAGGCAGCAAAUGAGUCUGCGGUCCUGGAGGUCUUUCACGGAGGAGCCGAAGGAGAACGGGCUAGAGAACGGCUUCAGUGACCCUGCUGUCACUCCGGACGAACCCAAGUCUGAGCCCCUGCCAGAAAUACCUUCGCUCCUCCCAGCAGACAGUGGGCUAAAGAAAAGCAUACUGCAUAGACAGCAGAGCCUUGUGAUACUCACAGAGCCGGAGCAAGAGAAAUACUUGCCACUCUCCACGGUGAAGACUCAGGAGAUACUUCAGGGCAAUGUGGUGCGUGAGAGUGCAGAGGGUCAUGGCACCAUUGAGACGGAGAACUUUGACAAGGUGGUGAAGCAGUGGGAGGGCUCCUUCUUCAGAGGGAAUCCCAAGCUGCGGAAGAAGUCGGUGUCGCUGCGCUUCGACCUGCACAUGGCUGCGGCGGACGAGGGCUGUGGCCAGACCAAACAGGACAGCCUCCCCGACGUGGAGGUGUGUCUGAUCAUGAAGAGAUCGCGCAGCAUCCCGACCAUCACACAGUAACCCUCGCUGCUGUCGCGGGAUGGUUGGAGUUCCAGAAACAUCAGCUGUGUCACCGACAUCUGGGGUAUUACCAUCCAUUGCCGUUAACGCGCUUCAUGUGGGUUUUCAAAUCACAACAUUCGUUGAACUUUUGCAUUUUUUGCAACUUUGCAACUGACGACUGAAACUGGAGAUUCCGCUCAUCAAAUCUCGACUUCUGGCAGGAUAAGCAUUUCCCAUCAGGCUAUUGGGCUGAUCUAAGGGGGACAUUUUUUUUUUUAUAGUAUCAGAAAACCACAUUAAUAUAUAUCAGAACUACAUUCAUUACCUUACAGAGGAUUACAAUUUAAUGUGUAAACAUAUUUCCUUUUUUAUCAUUCUAGAUGAGGAGAAAGUGGCUCCCAAUGUUUCAGUAGAAGGUCACUGGACCAUAGAGAUUAUAUCGACCACACACACAUGACUACAGCCUUUAGUUCUAAUUAGCACUUGGUAUAGGAGGCUGAGGGCACAAACAGAUGGAGAUAAAAGAAGGAGUGGAGUCACAGAUGACUAUGAGCUGCUGUGAACUAUCUAAAGGUGGAUUUCUUUUUUUCUUUAAGAGACUGUAAGGACAUUAUUAGGGGGAGGGGGGUGCAGAAAAGUAGGAGAAUUUUUUUUUUUAUUAAUUGAAUGUUAUCUCUUCAGUUAGCACCCUGAUUUGUCACUAUUCAGCAAGUAGGACACAUUAUUUUGUUAUGCUUGUCAUAUGUUUGAAGCACACAAUCCUACAAUUUUUGUGCACUUUUAAUUAUUUGCAACAAUUCAAUAGAGCUUAAUCACUUUUGUGUGCGUGUUCACCCUCCACCACCCUAAUCAUUUCCCUAAAGUGUCUAAAUGCUUGCACUGCACACACAUACAGCACUUAGAAGAACAUUAGCACUGAGAGAUAUCCAGAUUGUGUGUACUUUAAGGGUCUUCUGUCGUUGCAGUUCAUUAUAUUCUCUCUUUGUGGAGAAAAAAAACAACAACCUUGCAACACAAACUGAUAAUGUAGCUACGUUUUUAUUAUUGCAAAAAAACAACAACUGCUCACUGUGAUCUUACCAGCAGUGAAGUUUAACAUCCACCAUGUCUCAGAGGAUUUAAAUUCCCUGUCUUAACCAGAGGAGGGCAGUAUUUGUACAUAGUUAACACUGCAGUGUAUCUUCAACGCUCAACUAGGGGUGUGUAGCACGUGCUAUCUGUUACACCUUAGAUUAAGAGUUUUUACGCUAAGUUUUUUAGUUGGCACCAAAUAAAAUAAAACUAAGAAAAGGACCAUUGUGCAUUGCAUUUGGGGUGGCUCGGAAUGUAUUGAGAAUAUUUAAAGAUUAUCUAUGCAGUUCUGUGCUCGGUUUUGCUUUGCUUCAUGAAGAACACUUCAUUUUGGGAGCUCCAUAACUCCGGAAUGAGGCAUUAUGCUUUUAUCUAAUAAUUUAUCAUUUGAAAAUAAAAAUA